GCCGCUCGGUCGGGCCUAGGGAGGGAGGUGGCCCCGCGUUCGCGCUGUGUUCUCGCCAUGGCGCCCGCCAGGGCCGCGCUGCCCCGGCUGCUGGGUGUGGGUGCCUGUCCCCGCUCACGCUGGCUAGGUUUCCUUAAGGCGACCCCCGGGCCGGCUCGGCCGAGCUGCAGGACUCUUGGAAGCGCUCCAACCCCUGCGGUCAGCGAGCCCGAGGACAGCAGCGAGUUCAGUGACAAGAUUCUGAACGAGCCCCUCAAGCACUCAGACUUCUUCCGUGUCAAGGAACUGUUUUCUGUCAGAAGUCUCUUCGAUGCCCGAGUGCACCUGGGGCACAAAGCCGGCUGCCGGCACAGGUUUAUGGAGCCAUACAUUUUCGGGAGCCGCCUGGACCAGGACAUCAUUGACCUGGAGCAGACAGCCGUGCACCUCCAGCUGGCCUUGAAUUUCACCGCCCACGUGGCCUACCGCAAGGGCAUCAUCUUGUUUGUGAGCCGCAACCGGCAGUUCUCACACCUGAUCGAGAACGUGGCCCGUGACUGUGGCGAGUACGCUCACACGCGCUACUUCAAGGGCGGCCUGCUGACCAACGCGCCCCUCCUCUUCGGCCCCACGGUCCGCCUGCCGGACCUCAUCAUCUUCCUGCACACGCUCAACAACGUCUUCGAGCCCCACGUGGCCGUGAGGGACGCAGCCAAGAUGAACAUCCCCACCGUGGGCAUCGUGGACACCAACUGCAACCCCUGCCUCAUCACCUACCCCGUCCCUGGCAACGACGACUCGCCCCCAGCCGUCCACCUCUACUGCAGGCUCUUCCGGACGGUCAUCAGCCGGGCCAAGGAGAAGCGGAGGCAGGUCGAGGUCCUGCAUCGGCUGCAGGGACAGCAGGGGGCCGGGGCCCGGGGGCCAGACCAACCCAAAGGCCCCCAGGGUGGGCCUGAGCCGCUCCCCUCCCAGACCGAAGCAUGGCCAAGCCCAUCUGCACCGGGCGGCCCCUCCCCAGCCCUGGGUCCCCAGCAUUCCUAGUCCUGGGCAUCUGGGUCCUUGUGGGUGACGGUAUUCGGCUGGUUCCCACUGCAGCCAUCCAGGUUCCACUCCAGGCCCAGGGCUGAGUUGGCCAUCGGCAUUUUUUCUGUGAGGAACAGACCACAGAGGCCAAGUGGCGUGUCCAAAACAGCUACUUCCUUGCAGUCAGGCCUCGGGCCCGACACCCCACCGCCGGCGUGGUCCCCCCGUGGGAAGACACAGCUCUCCCUGUAAUCUGAGCAGUCUGAGCUUCCGCCCUGACGUCAGACCGUUGUUAGGGAGGUUGCCUGCCAGCUCAGUGUUUCCGAGUCCAGAUACCUGGGGUUGGGCUGCUUUAUGACGUGAUGUUGCAGGCAAACCUUUCAGAAGCUCCCAGCUGGGUUGGGACAGGCCUGGCCAAACAGAUGGUGUGAUUCCAGCAGAAAUAAAACCUAGA